UUUCUUCCAAAUUUGAAUUGUUUUCUUUUUCAUUUCAAAUGAUUGUUCUUGAUCAGGCUAAAGCUCUUCCCAUUAACCAACCUAAAAAAUUGGCUUCCAUUACAGAAUUCCUCCACACACCCAUUUUGUCUUUUGAUUUCUUCAAGCAAUUUUCAUUUUCACCCAUCUUCCCUUUAAAGUUCCUCAAGUAAUUUUCACUAUCACUACACCUUGCUCUGAAAAUGGGUUCGAUUGUAAUGGAACCAAAUGACAUUGCUACCUACAUGAACGGCGGAAAUGGCCAUAAGGCCUCUAAGAACAUCACCACAAUAUGUACAUUUGCCAACCGAGUUCAUUCCACCGGCAUUUUCACUGGAGUUAACCCUUUGGAGUUCUCAGCUUCUCUUCUUUUCUUGCAACUUGGAAUUUGUUCUGUAACUAUCAUCUUCUUUUCUCGGCUUCUCAAGCCCCUCGGCCAACCCCUCAUCGUCUCCCAAAUUUUGGGCGGUAUAAUUCUAGGUUCUUCUGGUCUAAGCCACUUGGAUAAAUUUAAGCAGACGAUUUUCCCUCUCCGGGGAUUCGUUUGUCUUGAUCUGGUUUCUGCACUUGGGCAUAUUUUCUACUUCUUUUUGAUUGGACUGCAAACAGAUAUCUCAUUUGUGAAGAAGAUUGACAAGAAAGCAUUUUGUAUUGGGUCUUUUUCCACGAUUUUGGCUAUGAUUCUCGUCACCGUUUACUCUAUAGUCUUGGCUAAUGCUGUUGACAUUAAGAAAAUCAAAUACAUUUACGAGCUCGGUAGAUUAGAGUCAUUUAUCAGCUUUCCCAUGGUUGCUUCCCUUCUUCAUGAGCUUCAUUUGAUAAACUCUGAGUUUGGGAAAAUCUCUUUGUCAACGUCCAUGGCUUCUACUCUUCUCAGCAUAUGUUUUACAUUACUAAGAACUAUAAUGUCUCCACGUGGUGAGGUCAAACAUCAUGUCUUAUCAGAAAAUUUUGCUAUUGUGGUGCUUAUACUUGUCAUCGUUUUUGUUAUUCGACCUACCACUCUGUGGAUGGCAAAGGUGAAUCCAACCGGACAACCAUUGAAGGAGUAUUUUGUGAUUACAUUACUUUUAGCAGUUCUGACGGUUGCCUUCUGCUGCCAAACCUUUGGUUUGCGAAUCUAUUUUGCUUCUUUUCUUCUUGGAUUUACAAUGCCUUCAGAGCCUCCCGUUGGAUCAACAUUGGUUGAGAGACUCGAUUUCAUCACUUCUUGGAUUUUCAUGCCCAUCUUCUUUGUUAGAAUAGGCUUGGUCGUUGACAAUAUCUAUUCCAUCAAACUCAUGAAUUUCUUAUACAUGUCAUUCAUUGUCAUUAUUAGUGCAUUGGGGAAGUUGUUAGGUGCCCUUAUGAUUUCAAUGUACUACAGACUUCAUAUGAGAGAUGCUAUCUCGCUUGGUCUCAUCUUGAAUAGUCAAGGAGCUCUCGAGCUUAGUAUGUUUAAAGUAAAGAGGAGGGACAAGGUGAUAAAUGACGAAGCAUUUGUGGUUGGAUGCAUAAGCAUAAUGGUUACAGUUGCAAUCAUCGCUCCAGUAAUAAGAUAUCUCCUUCGUCCUUCAAAACGGUAUAAAGUUCACAAGAGAAGAACAGUGAUGAACUCAGGACCGGAGUUUGAUCUUUCUCUAUUAGUCUGCAUUUACGACCAAGAAGAUGUCCCCAGUGCCAUUAACCUACUUGAUGCCUUGAAUCCAACAAAACGAAGCCACCUUAUUGUAUACAUGCUUCAUCUUGUAGAGCUUCUGGGUAGUGCUCAACCGAAAUUCAUACACCACAAGCUUAAUAAGGCUAGGACUUUAAGGUCAUGCUCUUCUGAGCCUAUUGUUAAUGCCUUCAAAUACUUUGGAGAGAGCAACAGUGAAAUUGUUGAAAUUAAUCCUUUCACUUCGAUAUCACCUUUUACAACUAUGCAUGAUGAUGUUUGUUCGCUUGCACUCAACAAAAACACUUCGUUGAUACUUGUUCCUUUCCACAAAAAGUUUCAUUCCAACGGCAUGAUGUCAUCAUCCAAACAUAAAAUAAAAACGGUUAAUCACCAUAUCCUUGACAAGGCACCAUGUUCUGUCGCCCUUAUUGUUGAACGUGGAUUUUUAAAGGCCCCAAAGUCUAUUGAAACCAAUUUGCAUUCUUUUCAAAUAGCUAUAGUCUUUGUAGGUGGACCAGACGACCGUGAGGCAAUGUUCAUCGGAGCAAGAAUGGUUGGGCAUACCAAUGUAAACUUGACAAUGAUUCGGCUUUUGGACAACGAGAAUGUCCCAAACGAUGAUGUUAAAGAAAGAAGGCUCGACGAUGAAGCAGUGGCUGAGUUUCACCAAAUUAUAUCAGACAACUACAGAGUGAGGUACAUAGAAGAGGUAGUGACGGAUGGCACUGAAACAAUCUCUAUACUACGUUCGAUGGGGAGCAAUUUUGAUCUCGUAAUGGUUGGAAGACGACAUAGCCCAUUUUGGGCGUCACUACAAGGUUUGGUGCUUUGGAAUGAGCGCACAGAACUCGGGGAAAUUGGAGAGGUGUUGGCCACUUCAGAUUUAAUAGGCAAUGCCAUAAUCUUGGUCGUACAACAACACACAAGAGUGGCAAAUGAAGACGAAGAGAGUCAUCACGAAACUAUUCCCAUGGAUGAUACCAAGUAGAAGAUGAUGCAAAAGAGUUGCCCAUCCAAAGCAAGUUAAUAAGAGUUUUGGUUCUCCCCUUUCUUUCGUAACGUUUUUUAAUUUAAAGUUGAAGAGGUUAUUGAUCUCUCUUUUUCUCCUCUUUUUUUCUUUUCUAUUCAACUUCUCAAGAGUGUAAAGUAUCCACUAAUUGCAUAUCCACAUGUGAAGAACAUAUUCUUUAGU